AUGUGGGGAAAUCCCAGCCAUCUGGCCGAAAUGAACCGAAUAAUAUGCGAGACGCAUAAGCGCAAGGACGUGGAAGAGUCAAGUAACGCUGAGUUGGAGGUGCUUCUGCCAGAGACCAACCGCGACGAUUCCACUUAUGACGGAAUUGAUUGGGGAGGAGAACGGGUAGCGGAAGAGAUCUAUGCAAAGGUAGAGAAAAUAGAAAAUGAUGGUAAAAAGGUCUCCCGAUUGUCAGUAACGGGCUACAGUCUGGGUGGAUUGGUCGCGCGAUAUGUAAUUGGGAUCCUUUUCCAGAGAGGUUUCUUCAAUGAAGUGACCCCGGUCAAUUUCAACACCGUUGCGACACCGCAUAUUGGGUUGUUGCGCUACUCUUCGUUCUUCUCUUCCGUCACCCAUGCCCUGGGACCGAAGCUACUGUCAAGGACGGGGGAGCAGUUCUACGGAGUAGACAAGUGGUCUGUUAGAGGAAGACCCCUUUUGGAUGUUAUGGCAGAUCCAAAUCGUAUCUUCUACCAGGCUUUGGCCAAAUUCCAGCAUAUACGGAUUUACGCAAAUGCCGUCAAUGACCUGACAGUACCAUACAUCACGGCCGCCAUUGAGCCGGAAGAUCCCUUCGUCGAACACGAGACGAAUGGUAUAAAGAUUGAACUGGACGAGAAGUACGAUCCCAUCAUAAAAUCGUAUUUCCUUCCUUCAGAGCCUCCCGUCAUCCCGAAGCCGUCAGUGCUAUCCAGGGAAUGGUUUGCAGGUCUCAAACCUCGACCAUUCUUACCUCCACCGCUACAAUUCGCUUUCCCUUUCAAUAUCCUGAUGUACCUCGCCCUACCGUUCUUAGUGCCGGUGAUCAUAACCCUGGUGCUGAUACGGUUUACCUCCGCUUCUAAGUCGUCGCGAGCUCGCAUCCAAUUACUCGAAAGAGACGAGUCCUACCGGAACAGACUUGUCCAUUUGAUCUCGGAUGUCGAAAAAGACGUGGAGGGUGCCGUUGGCGAGUUCAUGGUCGAUGCGGGCCUGACAUCGGACUCCAGUCGCUCCGGGGAACAGAAUCUCGAGGAUGAGUCACUGCAGGCCAUGCAAAAGCCGUCCUCACAUUAUCCUAUCCUCAGCCCUGCGCAACGGACUCGCAUCGCCGCGCUGAAUAGCUUGCCUGGCUUGCGCAAAGAAAGGGCAUUCAUACACCCGACCAGAAAUUCGCAUGCCACGAUUAUCGUCCGGGAUCCCAAGCGGUUCCCGUUUCACAAGCGGGGAGAGGGAGUCAUCAGACAUUGGGCGGACCAUUUCAUCCUGUGA